AUGCCCGUGCGCCUCAACGCGACAACGAAGUCGGGUAAUUUGCUUGCCAAGGAUACUUUUCAGUUUUCAAAAGUUGAGCAUGACUGUGUGACUCCAGAAGUCGGGCAUGAGUCAGUCAGUCUGGAAGCCGUGAAUGAGUCAGUCAUGCAUCAUCCUCUCGGUGGACCAAGAUACAUGAUGGAACGAUGCCAGGACUCCAUGAUGUACGCUCGGAAGUAUGGCAAUGCUUCAUUCUUCAUUACGAUGACUUGCAAUCCAAACUGGAGCAAGAUCCGACAGUCCCUCUUUCACAAUCAGCAGCCGUGUGAUAGGCCAGACUUGAUUGCAAGAGUAUUUGAUCUGAAAAAGAAGCUAUUCAUCAAGUACGUCACUGGACCAAAUGGGCUCUUUGGCAACAGUAUAGCUUUUGUCUUCACUGUGGAAUAUCAGAAGAGAUGCCUGCCUCAUUUGCACUGUCUGCUGUGGCUUGACGAAGCAACUAAGCCAGGACCAAAUGAUUUUGACAGAUUUGUGCAAGCUGAAAUACCAGACCCGCAAGUAGCUCCUGAGCUGCAUGAAUUGGUACUCAAGCACACGAUUCAUGGACUGUUCUGCAACCACACAUCUCCAUGUUGGAAGAAAGGAGCAUGCAGUAAGAAAUUCCCAAAGCCAUUUAUCGCGAGCACAAGGUGUGCACAUAAUUCAAAUGCUCUAUACAGGAGAAGAUCUCCAGACAUGGGAGGAUUUCUGGGACAUCAAGAAGGACGCCAGCAUCGACCUAUCACUUCUGAUUGUGUGGUGCCCUAUAAUGCUCAACUAUUGAAGUUGUUCAAAUGUCACAUCAAUGUUGAGAUAUGCUCCUCUAUAAAGUCAUUCAAAUAUGACAUCAAGUACACCAUGAAGGGAAAUGAUCAAGCAUCUUUUAAAGUUAACAGGGAUGACAAAAUUUCACAGUACUUGACUGGCAGAUACAUCGGUCCAUCAGAAGCAGUGGAUUUAAUCCUUGGAUUUCUGACUCAUGAGAGACACCCCGCUGUCUUUCGACUCCAGGAACAUCUACCAGAACAACAACGAGUCUUUAUCAGACCCGAUGCUGCUGAACAAGGGACCAAUGAUGCUAUGACGAGAACAACUUUAACUGAAUUCAUGGCAUUGUGUUCUCAAGAGCCAUUUCCAAGAACACUCUACUAUGCUGAUGUUCCCUGA